AUGCCUCGACCACCAACCCUUCCACCUGCUGCCACGGCCUCAGCCCGCGCAGCUCGCGCCGCAUUCUUCUGCGAGCUCUGCCAGAAAGGCUACUCCCGCAUGAAUGAGUUUGAGGCACAUCAAUCAUCCUAUGAUCACCAGCAUAAGAAGCGGCUCCAGGAUAUGAAGGUGAUGCAGAGACAGGUCAAGGACAGUUUGCCGCGGAAGGAGGAGCGUGGACCAUUGAUGAGUAUCAAGUUGGGUGGUACGAAGGAUAAGGAGGGAAGUGGUGGAGGGUUCAAGAAGGGUGGCUUCAAAAAGAUGAAUGCUUUCGCGCCUGUGGGAGAUGCAGGAGAGGGCGUCGAGGUAGAGAAAGAUGUGAAGGUGGAGGAAGUCAAGAUCAAGGUUGAAGAGGAGUACGACAGCGAUGUGACAGACGAGGAGGAUUACUACGACCCGUGCCGUCCGACUGGCUGCCAUCCAGGCUGUCCUGGUGCGCUGAAGACUUGA